UCCGGAAAAGUAAUAUUUUGAAAUAGAGGUGCGUGUGCGCUACAUGACACUUACUCGUACAUUUGUAUCAUGAUGCUGGCUGACUGUAAACUUUAUGUAGCAAAGUUCAUUUUUUAAAGGUUACAUGAUGUUCCUACAACACAAAAUUACUUAUCUGAUAUUUCAGCGACCAAAUAGCCUCACUGUACGCUUACUACGCUAUGAAUUAGUAGGGGGUGGGACUGAAUAACGGUCCUCCCCUUCCUGGUUGCAGGAUGAGAGUGAGAGAAUGAGUAGCUCAAAUGACUUGAGAGCUGUCUUGGAUGAAUACACAAAAUCUCUAGAGGAGGGGCGCACAGGAAACUGUGACGAUCAAAAGCUUGAAAGUGCUGUCAGGACAGAGCUCUUGGAAAGUUGUACUCCUUUCCAUAAUCUACUUCAGUGGGAUGUCUUUUCCAUCUUGUCCUCUUCUCAGUCAGAGAGGCGACCUUUGAGUAAAACUCUUGAGAUUUUCAUUAAAGCCUUUGAAGUCUUAGAGCUGGCAGCUGUCAAUAUUUACAUCUUUCCCUGGAGAAAGGAGUUUAAAGUCAUUAAGACUUUUUCAGGGACAUAUGUCCAUUAUUUUAAACCUGCCCUCUCUGAUCAUGAUAUUGCCAAGAUUCUGAAAAUGCUGGGUUACUAUAAGAAAGAUGAGUACCAUUUGGAGUUGCUCUACUUGCCAAAUUUGAAAGAAUUGGCUAAGCUGGCCUGUGGUUUUUAUGUUGCUAAAAUAGAAUGCAGACUUCUGUUGGAUAUUGUGCAGAGACUUGAUCAUGGCAAUGUUGCAUUGACCAAUUUGAUCCGAGAAAGGAAAGCAAGCAGAAACCUUGAUGAAUGUGUAGAUAGGCUCAAAAAGCUUUACUGUCCACAAAUGAUGUGCAGCAAAUAUGAGGACAAUCUUGCUGAAGUAGCUGCCAGUGGAGAUGCUGUUGAAGAUCUGUAUACAGACGAGUCUAAUAAUUUGCUUUGCAAUACAGGUGGAGUACAUACUGACAGCAGGUUGAGCACUACUAAAACUGAAUCUUUAGGUGAACGUGUGGUAUGUGACCUUUGUAAAGAGGACUGGACAGUACAUGCUGGUGGAUUUUGUCCUAAUCGAUGCCCAGAAAGAGACAAAAUUGGGUCUAUAUCUCCUUCAGGCCUGAAUGGAAGACUAGAAGGUUACACUUCAAAGUAUGAGGUACCUAUCUGUGAAAGGUGCCAUUAUGAGUGGCAAAACCACGCUCAUGGGUUUUGCCCUGUUGUCAGCCAUGAAGUGGAGGAAGCUGUAUCCAGGGUUAGCAGCCAAGACAGAAGUGUGUGUAAAACCCACAAAGUAUUGGGAGAAGACCUGGAGUUUAAUUCUGGCCAUUAUAAUCUAAGCAGCAACUCCUCCGGUGGAUGGGUGUAAACUAGAGCUCUGUGUUCUAGUUAACUAACUUAAAAUGCACUUGUCACUCUUAUAUAAAGUGAGUUAUAAACUGGAAGAUUCAUAGGUUUACAUCAGACUCUUGAGUAGCACAGGUACCUGUGCAAAUCUAUAAAACUCCUGAAGUUUAAAAAUGGCUAGACUAUAGAGGAAGACCCAUUUUUUUCAACGCUUUAUUUUAUUUGGUGGGGAUGAAUGUGACUGGUCUUCUGCAAUCAACUUAAGUGAAAGUUCUUACUGCAAGGGUACCUGUGCAGGUCUUGGGAUACAGUGGCUCAGUUUGAAAAGUGCAUGUCUUAAAGCAUUACUGUAUCUGCUUACUUUGUGCAAUAUGUCUUUUCUUGAAUGAAAAGUUAUCAAGAUGUUUAGACUGGAUGGUCAACUUUUAAGCAGAUAUUUUGGCUGAGCACUUAUGGGUGUUUACAUAAUGUAGUUUUAAUACGACUGCAGUAUUUUACAAUAAAGGUAACUAGAUCUUUCUUUUAAGGUUA